CCACUCUGUAUAUCUCUUACAGACAAACUGUCAUGAAAUCGUGUCAAGCUAUUUCUAAAAUUCAUCGAAACUGUCAAAAUUCUUGUUAGACGAUGAGUGAUGAAAAUGCAGAUUCCCAAACGGACAAGAUUGAAGGAGCCACAGAAGAAGUCCAAGUUGAUAAGGCCCCAACUGCAGAAAAGGGGACCAGCGAACGAUUCGUGAUUAAUAAAGUACAGAUAAGACCAGGAAAACCAUUAAUCGGAGGACGGGAAGAUGUAAUUCCAAACUUUUCUACCAGACUGCCAGUUUUGGAAAGUAAAGCUGCUCCUUACGUCCCUAUGCCAUAUAUUUUCAGAGUUCCGUUACCGCCAGUACCAACGAAAAUCAAGAAUCUCAGAGCUAGGAGCCCACCGUUUUAUCUUCUUCUGGAUCAUACUAUAUCUGUUAUUUGGUUGAUAUUUGCAGAAAAAGAAUACGAAUGUCCGCUCGGAAUUGCCCAACUACAGUGGGCCUCAGCUUUCCUGAAAACAAUUCACAACCGCCAAGGUGAAUAUCCUAAAGAUGUAGAAGUUUGUAUCGACGCCAUAGAAGAAAUAUUGUUGAACCAGUACGCUGAGCUUUCGAAAGAAAUGAACACGGCAAAUAAACUGGACGAAAGUGUACAUUAUGUUGAUGGAGCUCUUGGAACAAGUAACAUGGUGAGUAAAAACAUUCCUUUCUCCUUGAACUAUUCGGAAAUGGUGAAACGUUGCCCGCAAAUAAUUGAGGCGCAAGUCCACGGUGCAGUAUCAAUGACUUCGGCAGAAGCUACUGCAGAACUGGAUAAUAUAAAGAAAGCGGCUGGAAAGGAAUCACUCGAAGAACUUGAUACGGUUUCUAAAAACAAAGCCAUCAACGUUUUGAAGAUGUGGAAAACGGACCAAAUGGAAAAAAUACGGGGAGAACUGAGAAGGCUGCGAUCAAUCGAAGACAAAAUGAAAGAUAUUGACAGUCAAUAUACAGAAGAAGAUGAUGCUGACCUGUUGUUCCAUGUUGAUUAGAGUGACAUGGUCAAUGCGAGAAAUUUUAAUCAAUUUCAUGUAAUAAAAAAUAAAAUAAUUACUUGCGA